CAGUGAAAAAUUAAUACUAUCUGUUGCUGAUACAUUUUAUAAUGAUGGUUACCUCGAUGCUGGAUAUGAGUACAUUAUUAUAGACGAUUGCUGGGCAGAGAAGGAGAGAGACAAGUUAGGAAGACUUGUGCCUGACCACAAAAGAUUUCCUCAUGGAAUGAAGUAUAUAGCUGAUUAUAUUCACUCCCGCGGUCUUAAGUUUGGAAUGUACACAAAUGUAGCUGAAGUAACAUGCAUGAGGUAUCCCGGCUCGAAGGACCAUUUCUAUAUCGACUCAAAGUUAUUUGCGGAAUGGGGAGUUGAUUACAUAAAAGUAGAUGGCUGCUUUGUCGGAGAAGAGUUUUUGAAUACUGCCUAUAUAAAAUUCGGCCAACAUUUAAAUGCGACGGGACGGCCCAUUGUGUAUUCAUGCAGUUGGCCGUAUUAUAUAGAGUUCAUUCAUAAGAAAACGCCAAACUAUGACGUUGUGUCGCAUAACUGCAAUAUGUGGCGCAAUUUCCAUGACGUGGUUACUUCCUGGCCGGCUAUCAGGACCAUCAUAACUCACUACAAAGAGUCCUACGAUCAGUUGAGCCCUUAUCAUGCACCCGGGCAAUGGAACGAUCCGGAUAUGUUAAUAUUAGGCACUGGUUCACUCACAGACAACCAGAGUCGUGUACAUAUAGCCGUCUACGUAAUGCUGGCAGCACCUUUAUUGCUAAGCUGUGAUAUGAAAAAAAUAACCGACUAUGAGAAACAACUUCUAUUGAAUUUAGACCUUAUUGCAAUUGCACAAGAUUCAUUAGGAGUAAUGGGGAAACCAUAUGAGUUACAAAACUCAGUAACUCUAUGGGUCAAGCCGCAUUUGCCGCGUAAAGGAGACAAGUAUCAUUCCGUCUCGUUCGCACUUGUGAACUUACAGAGCGAAAGUAGCUCCGUCUCUUUCACGCCCGGUUCCUACAGUCUCAAUUCUACGGAUGGAUAUACAGUAAUGGACAUAUUCCAAAGAAAGUUUAUCAGAAACGUGACGUUGCGUGAUUCUAUCAGUGUUGAAGUGCCCGCUGAAGAUGUCAUCAUCUACACGCUAUUCCCGCUAUGAAUACGAAUCUUUCACAUUAUUCGCUCUCGAAAUAUCGUUAAUUAUUAAUUAUAAGUAUUUUUUAGAAA